UUGCAUAUUACGACACGCCGGUUAAGAGAAGCAAAGUUUAUAAGCCCGUUGACUCUCAACUAUUUCAAGCCCAAUGUUGUUUUAUUGUGUAAGCUAUUACAGUUGGGCCUUGAAGUAUAACAAUCUGUCACAUAACAUAUUAGAAAGAGGAGAGCAGCUCAAACUCUUCAUUGUUCUCACUGUUCUUGCGGGUAAGCCAAAGAGUCAAUCCCCUGAGCGAGAUUGACGGUUGUCAAUUUGUCAAGCAAGAAAAGAUAGAGAUGAAAUCAGAUAAGGAUGAGAGCGUUUUGGAUUAAAGAUUCCCGAUUAUAAGAUUGGGAUGCCGAAUUGGAAGGAGAAGGCGUUUUCAGAUUGGAAGAUUUACAUAUAUUUGGGCUGUUUUGGGUAUCAAAUCAGGGAGGAGGGAGGCCGAAUUGCAUGCGAGAAGAAGACCAGCAACAGCGAACUUAGGGGGAAGCUGAACUCGGCGACAGAGGAACUGAGGUGGUUGUAGCUCUCGAUUUGCUACGAUACUACUUUGGGGAUUCCGAUCAGCUACUCCAAAACAAAAAAAGGAUCUGAGUUUUAUUUUGGGGAUUUUCUAGGCUACGUUCAGGGCAGCAAAUUGAUGAGCUUCAUCUGAAUUUUGAGAGGUACCUAGCGAGCAGGAGGGUAAGCAAAAACGGACUAGUCGAGGUGACUCAGUUCAGCUUGUGUCUACUCUCAUUCUCAUUAGAAGAUUUGGUAUUGUAUUUAUGCUUUCAUUUUCUUUUCAUUCGAUUGUCAGCUUUGGUUUAUCUUGGAUUAGUAGUAGUAUAAGUUUUGCUUUGGAGAAUUAAAAUGAAAGUUAGUGCUUUUGUUCUUGAAUGCAUCAGUAUACUAGCUGGUAUACAUCUUGGUAGAUUAAUUUAAUUAUUAGUUUUAUUCAUUUAUUUGCUUUGUUUAUUAGUUUGAUUAUGAAUUUUAUGUAUUCUAUUAUAGUUAACUCAACAUUUGUUAUGUCAGGCUAAAUUAUUAGUGGGGUUGGGAGAUCAAUUAUGCAUUGGAUUAUUGGUUUUGUGAGAAUAGAUAUGUUGUAAUUCUUGGGUAUCAUGUUUAUAUCUUGAUUGGAUUGAUAGUCUAUUUUAUUGGUAUGAAUUGGUUGAAUUAUAUUUUAGACCGGCCAUCUUUAAUAUAAUCUACUAGUUUGAUUGCUAGGAUUUUAAAUUGUGGUAAGUAAUUGUCCUUGUUAAUUUCCCUUGGUGGCAAUUAGGUGUUUAAUAGGUGACUAAAGCUUGUUAUAAUGCCUAAGAUUAUCAACCCUUUGAGUUGCACGAGUCCGAGCUUGUGAGAUUUGUGGCUAAGUUAACUACUCCCUUGUUAUUAACGCUACUAAUUAAUCGAGUCUAGAGAGCUUGUUCUAGGUUAUUAGUUGGUAAGACAAUAUUCCAAGAGCUUGUUUGGUCUAUUUGCAAUUAAAGGAAGUUUUGAAUGCUUGUUUGUGCUCAUUAGUUAACAUUAAGAUAUAGUCAUGAUUAUAUAUAUAAUUCAAUGAUCAAUUGACACUCCAACGCUAUAAUACGUCUCCCGAUUCCCUAUUUCAUUAUUCUUGAUUUUAUAGUAUCUUAAUUUUAUUAGUUUAUUUCUCCGUACUUUAUUUGUUUUCUAGUUAAUAGUUUAUUUUUCUUAGAUCAUAUUUUCCUUAUGCAAAUCAGGGGUUUUUAACAUUCACAAGUAAUAAUUUGAUAAUCUAAUUCUCUGUGGGAUCGACCUUAGGUUACCCUACUACAUUUUAGGAGGUUUUAGUUAGGUUUAUUUUUGGUAGACACGCGACAGUCGAACCAACGAGCUGUACUCCACUAGUAGAAGUCGAUGUCCUUCAGUCGCUCUCUAAAGCUUGUACUUUUCUUCACAACCGUGUUAGUGAGUUGCCUAGGGGUAGAUCUAUUGAAGUGAAUAUACCUAAGGCAUUGUUCCACUAUGAUGAGGGUGCGAUCGCAUUUAUUACAAGAGUGGAUGUGAAGGAAUUUCUAACCGGUUCCAUGUUUAACAUUUCCAUCAUUGAAACUUUCAUGAGGUCACUACAGGAGCACCUUAUUAGUGGAUGCAAUUCUGAGGCUGCAAUUGGGUGGUUUUGCCCUGAGCAGACCUCCCUUACCAGAUGCUUAUGCAACCCUCAUGACGUGGAAGAUUACCUUGAGUGGAGUAUUAAAGAAUCAACGCGUGCGGGAGAUAAGUUCAUAUUAGCCCCAUGCUUUGAGGAGUUUGUCUAAAUAUGUCAUAAUUCAGUUGUUUGUUUUUUUUUUCAAAUUCCGAAAAUUCAGUUAACUGUUAAGUAUAUAUGUUGACUUCUAACGACAGAUGGUUUGUUUGUUGUAAAUAUAUGUAGUGCUCAUUGGAGCCUUUUGGUGAUUUGUGUUUCCAAUAACACAAUCUACCACUUUGAUUCGACUCGUGACAAUCCACCACGGAAGUUGCUAGUGAAGAACCUACUGAAUAGGAACAUAUUUCUUCCUAUUGUUGAAUGUCCUCACCUAAGUCAUUGAGUAUUUAUGUUUCUAACUUUGAACUUAUUUUCCUAAAGUGUUAUGAAGAAGCUAAAUUGUGACAGGUCAGGUGCAACAACCAAGGCAGCUGCCCAGGCAGGUGCAGCUAGGGGUGUUUAAAAAAACCCGACCCGGUUGUCCUGUCUUGAUUACCCGAUAACCCGCAAAAACCCAAUGGGAAAUUGACAAAUUUUUUGUUUUUUUUCAGGUUGGGUACCCGUCCCGCUAAAAUAGCAGUUUCGUGGGUCGGGACAUGGGACAAACUUUGCUAAUCUCGGGUACUCGAAUACCCGUUAAAAAAAAAUACAAAAGAACAAAAACAAAAAAACGUACUAUACCCAUUACCCAGUUACCCACCCUAUCUUCUUCUCUUUCUUUUUAGAUGUUGCUAUUCUCUUUCUCUCUCCUCUCCUCUCUGCUUUCUCUUUCCUCCUUUUCACGUUGUUCUGGUGGUGAGGACGAAUAUGGCGGCAUGUGGUGGUGACGAAGAAUACGGUGACUUGCGGUGGUGAAUUCAUUUAUUUGACAGCAGCAAUUGGUUAGCCAUAUGAUUCAUAUUUCACCCAUUCAUCAAAUAAUCCUCCCGUUGUUCAUUAAGUCAUCGUUGGUGAUACGGAAAAUUUUUCGCCAUCGAUGAUAAUAUAAUUAGAGAAGAAGCAGGGUCAUCUUUAAUUUCUGGGGAAUAAAACUAAGAGAAGAAUGUGGAAGAAGUAGAGGCGUUUGCAAUUGAUGGGUCUUUUGCUAAUUAGUUUGUUCCUCCUCUAGUUCCUCUUCAACACCAUCUUAAGAAAGACAAGGUUUUUUUUUAUUUUUCUUUUUUUCGAUUUUUGGGUACUAAUUUGUUUGUCAAAUUAUGCUUUUUUGAAUUUUGAGAAGUUAAUUUCUAAUACUUCCUCCGUUUUUUAUUAUCUGCAACAAAGUACAAGUUCAGCAUGCCUAGGCAAAACUUUUAAGAGUUGUUUAGUUGAAUAAAAGUAGGAAGUGGGGUAUGUAAUUAAAGAGUUAAAAAAGGAGGGAAGAAAAUCUAAGUUUUUUAAUGAAAGAGAAAGUGGUCCAACUUUUUAAAAAAGGUGGACCCUUUUUCAAUUUUUGGAACCAAUUAUUUUCCCUCUAAAAUUUUUUCACCCAAAUUUUCAAAAAAAUCAGCCAACCUUUUAAAACAACCCACCCAUUUCCCAUGAAAUAUUUCCCUCCCUUUUACAAAAAAAAAAGCAUUUCAUCCAAAUUUUCCCCCCUUGAAAUUUUCAUUUAAGGGGGGUAUAUAAACAACCUGCCCAACAAUGUAUCAACAUAAGAACAGAGUUUCCAAAAGAUUACAGAAAAUACUUGUUCCUUCCAAAAGAUUACAUCAUUAGUAAUGACUAAAACCUAAAUUAGUCCUAAGUUAAUUGCAGCAUCAGCUCCAUAACUCUAGUUCAGCAACAGCACAACAAUAAAAAAACAGCCCCUCUCACUUCAUUACCAGGUCUGAAAUCUGGGGAACUCAACAUCAUCAGCAUAAAUAUCAUGGCAGGCAGUGAAGAUGAUGAUUUUUUCAGCAUUGAACAAAUGCUUAAUGAUGAAAACAGAAUGGGACACGGUGAAGCAAACAAUGUGCAAGGGACUGCUAAAAAUCAGCAUGAUGGUGGCAUGCAGCAACAGAAAAGCAGAAAACAGCUCACUAUUGCCCAGAAAAGGAAACUAGUAGAUGGUUAUUUGUUGAAGCUAGGGGGGCCCUCUGCCAAGAGGAUAUAUAACACAGCAAGCCAACAAAUUUAAUGUUCAUAGAUCCACAAUUCAGAGACUCUUUGAGGACAUUAAAUCCCAGAUGGCAAAGGGGAAUUUGAUAGAUGUCAGAAGUAAAAAGCUGGGGAAAACAGGACCAAAACCAAAGGUCUACACAGAUGAGUUCCUACAAUCAGUCCCCCUGUAUAAGAGGACAACUGAGAGAAGCUAUGCAGCAGCUCUCAAAGUACCACGUGUCACAAUCCACAAACUGAAGAAGCAAGGCAGACUCAGAACACAUACAGCCACAAACCAUCCAUAUCUGACAGACAAUCACAAGGUAGCAAGAUUGAAAUGGGUGCUAAGUCAUCUAAUGCCUGCUGAAGAAAAUGGGGACCCAAAGUUUAUGGACAUGCAACAAGUUGUCCAUAUUGAUGAAAAAUGGUUCUACUUGAACCCAGAAACCAGGAAGUUCUACCUCCUAUCAAAUGAAGCAAACUCAUACAUGUGCCAACAGUCCAAAAGGUUUAAAGUGAAGGGCAUGUUCAUGGCAGCCAUUGGGAAGCCUAUUUUUGACCAACAAGGAGCAGUCAUACAUGAUGGAAAGUAUGGUAUUUAUCCAUUUGUGUAUGAAAGCACAACAAAGAAAAAAAGCAAAAACAGGAGAGCUGGUGUGGUGGAAAUCAAAGCAACACAGAAUGUCAACAAAGAAGCUAUAAGGGCAAUGCUAUUGAAUCAUGUAAUUCCAGGCAUCAAAGCUAAAUGGCCUUCCAAUCUACCCAAGGACAUAUUGGUACAAUGGGAUAAUGCCAGACCUCAUCAAGUUCCAAGGGAUGAGGAAUUUGAGUCAACCUGUCAGUCAAAUGGAUUCAACAUUCAAUUCAUAUACCAGCCCCCUCAGUCUCCAGAUUUAAAUGUGUUAGUUCUAGGGCUGUUCAGUGUAAUACAAUCACUACAAUACCAAUCAUUCCCAAAGUAUUUAGUGGAACUCAUAGAUAGGGUUAAAGAAGCAUAUGAGUUGUUCAACCCAGUGUUGAACAAAUAUUGUUAGAUAACCCUACAAUGCUGCAUGGAAGAAAUACUCAAUCACCUAGGAGGGAAUAACUUCACCUCACCACACAAAGGGAAGAAGAGGCUAGAAAGGAUUGGGAUGCUACCAGAACAAUUACAGGUGGACAGCAGGGUGGUUCAACAAGCUGUUGACUACCUCAAUACCAUUUUUAUAUCAACUGAUCAAGGAAAUGAAGAAGAUGAAGGGAUACAAGUUGAUGCAGACUAAACACAGCAACUGACACAUGUAGAAGUUUUAGUAAGACUGCCACACAUAACCAAUGGAAGUAAAUGAAGCAGCAAGAAUCAUUGUAUGUAAUGGUUUCUGUUUUUUUUCUUGUUCAUUACUGUAAGUUAAUCAUUGGUUAUGUGUAUUUUGUUGUAAGUCAGGCCCAUGAAUAUUGUAUGACAGUCUAAGCUAGCUUCUUUUGGAGAUUGUAAAAUUUUUUGGUUUAAUUAAUGAUUAACAUUGUGGAAGGUUUAUGACCAACUAGGGACACAAACUAAGCAUAAAAAAUGCAAAAUACAGUGACAAAUAAAUCCAUCAGAGGGUUUUUAAUUUUUUCACAAAAAUUACAUAAUUGGUUCCCUCAACAACAACUUCUAUAUCAAGUUGUUGGAGCUAAUCCAAGUUAUGAAUUGGUUGUAUCAAAUGAGUCCCUUCAUCAUAUGGAUUUCCCAACCACA